AAUUUACAAAUGGCCGCUCCCAUAGGAACAACAUGUUUACGUUCCGUCAUCAUCAGCACGUGAAUUUCAACCGGUAGUUUAUUUACAAAAAUAUAUGUGAUAUAUCAAACAAUAAAUAAAUAAUUCAGUGUAUAAAUAAAUAAGUGAGCUAAUUAACUAUAAACAUAAAAAAAAUAUUUAAAAAUAAAAAAGCAUUUCCCGUGUAAAAAUUAAUAACCAUAAACUAAAAUAAAAAAUGUCAGUAAAAUGUCUCAACUGUGGGUCAACAAACAUCGACACAGAUCCAUCACGUGGAGAUUCAGUAUGCGUAGAAUGUGGAGUCGUAACCGAAGCCCAGAUGAUCGUAAACGAGGUGCAGUUUCAAGAGACGUCAUCUGGGCAAGCAGCAGCUACAGGUGAGUUUUUAUCAAGUGAUUCAACUGGUGCACGUGUUGGACAUUUGACUAAUCAGGCAUCGCGAGAAUUAACGAUUUACCGAGCCCGCAAAGAAAUAGUCCACCUGUGCAAGCAACUGAUGCUAACCGACUGUCAAUCAGAACUGGCAGUCAAUUUUUACAAACAGGUACUCAGUUAUAAUCUGACCCGUGGUCGCAAACAAACCUUGACUUACGCCGGGUGUAUUUACUUGGCAUGUAGGAUUGAAAGAACUCCCCAUCUGCUGAUUGACAUCAGCGACGUCGUACAGAUUGAUGUCUACGAGCUGGGACGAACUUAUUUAAAAUUCGUCCAGGCUCUCUAUCUAGAGAACGCCGUUGACGGAGCAGUAAAUAUCGAUGGUACCGCCGACGACCCGAAUCCCAACCCCAUAAAAGCUAUCGAUCCUUGUCUAUAUAUUAUGCGCUAUGCUAAUAAACUUGAAUUCGGUUCGCAAACUUCCGCGGUAAUUAAGACAGCGCUGAGAUUAGUUUCGCGUAUGAAGCGGGAUAAUAUUCAUACUGGGAGAAGACCUUCGGGAAUUUGCGGGGCUGCUUUGCUGAUUGCCGCUCGUAUGCAUGAUUUCAAUCGCACUGUUGGCGAUAUCAUUAAAAUCGUUAAGAUUCACGAGUCAACUUUACGCAAACGUCUGUUGGAAUUCGGCGAUACGCCUUCGAGCGCUUUGACGUUAGAAGAUUUUGAGUCGAUUGAUCUAGCGGAAGAAGAAGACCCACCGGCUUUCAAAGCCUCCAGGAAAGCCGAAGAUGACUUUGAAGAUUUUGGAAACAUCGAUGGCGAGUUCACGGAUUUGCAGAAAGAAAUAGAUAAAUAUUUGAGCGAGCAGCAGUCAAAGAAGAGAUCUUUUAAAUCAUUGAUGAGCAAAUCGGCUCAGGUGGAAGACAUCGAGGCCAAUCGAUUCAUCGAAGAAAGCACUUUGGAAAUCGCUGAUGAGUUUGUCGAUCAGAAUGAAGACAGAGGACUGGGACCGGAUAUUUCGAUGAUGGGUUUGCCGACUUCGUUUUACGACUCCAAGAAUACGAGGACAGAGGGCGGGAGAUUUGAAAAGUAUAAUAAUGAGUCGGGGGAAAUUGACUUGGAUGGGCUGGAUGAUGAAGAGUUGGAUGGGUAUAUUUUGAAGGAUGCCGAUGUUGUGAAGAAAACUGAGUUGUGGACGAAUGUUCAUGCUGAGUAUCUGGAGAUGCAGAAACUUAAAGAGGAACAGAGACUGAGGGAUGAAGAAGAAGGCCGGCCAGUUAAGAAGAGGAAAAUUAGGAGCAAGAAGAGUAAGGAGCCGGCUAAUUCUGCGGGGGAGGCUGUAGAAAAUAUGAUGAAGGAAAAGAGACUGUCGAAAAAACUAAACUAUGAUGUUAUCAGGGAAAUGAAGGGUGAGAAGGUCGUUAAGUUUGGCGGUAAAAAUAAUAAUAAUUUUAAAUCUGUUAAGAAUGAGGUAGUGGGUUUCGAAGAAGAAGAGGGAGAGGGAGAGGGUUAUAAAUUUGUUGAUAACCAGGAAGUGGAAAAUAGUUUUGUUGAUGAUGCGGGGAUCCAAGAUGCUGAGGUUGAAGAAGAUAAUUACGAGGAUGAUGAAGUUGUAGAAGACAAUGAAAAUUAUGGAAAUUGUAGCUUGGAAAAAAUACUGGGAAAAAGAAUCGGGGAAAGUGACAAUGAUGAUGAUGAUGAUGGUGGUAAUGAGUAUGAGUAUGAUGAUGACUAUGAGGAAUAUUAGUUUUUUUGUGAGGUCUGUCGAGAAGUUUUUUGUGGUUUUUAAAAUCUGUUUGCAGACAUUUUAAUUUAGCAAAAAAUAAAAAUUGUAAAGAGAGAGUGAGUGUUAAUUGAAGAAUAAUUAUCGACAGUACUUUGAUAUUUAUUUUUUUUUAAAUGAGUGUGAAAUUUGCUGCGCAGAUAUUAGAAAAAUUUAAUUAGUAAUUUAAUAGGCUCCAAUUAAAUUGUUAUUAAUUAGUUAAUUAAUGUUAUUUAUUACUAAUUGCCAAUUAAUGUUGCCACAAUUUUUUUCUCAGUUUUAUUUUAUUUUUGAAUGUCGAAUAUACUUCUGUAUUUUUUAUUUUGAUUGUAAUAUGUAUGCACUGGUUAUGUAAA